AUGUACCUGAUGAUUUUUGUGUUUUUGUUGGAAGUGCUCUUUGCCUUCCUGCCAACGUAUAUAGGAAUCAUGACGACAUUGAUUGCUAAGCUGUUUUUCACUGUCACUGAUGAGGAAAUGAAUUCAAGAGAAGAAAUAAAAGCCCUGAAAGAGGAACAAGCCCAACUGAGUAUUACAGAUGAAUUUGUCCGAUAUGCAAAGUUACAGAGACAAGUGGACAAACUGAUGUUACAGAUCAAAGAGAAAGGUAGUGAAAGAAAACAGCAUGUGUACUAUUUACGUUUGGCGGUCACUGCUGGAAUAUAUGUUUUACAUGCUGCCCUUGUCAUCGCCAUGAUGUUCAUGUACAGCGAUACACCGUUGAUGAGUUUGGAUCCAUCCUGGGUCUCCCCCCUUACAUCGCUUGUGGCAUUUCCUACAGGAAUCUCAGGUGCAGUAGGUUUGGGCUGCUGGCUUUUGGUAUCUUAUUCAGUCAUUUACAGAGUCAAGUCUGUGGCCGGACUGUAG